AUGCGUGCGGCUGAAGAAGACAUAUGGCCUGGGAAUAGCAGACACUCUCCAUUUUCUGCAUCUGCUAAAGUGAUGGAGAUCAAGUGUCGACAUAAGGGUUCAGUAGCUUUAGUUGACGACGUAUGCGGAUUGAUACAGGAGCUGCUCCCGGAGGACAACAAGAUGCCAACGAAUUUUGCUAAAAUUAAGAAGCUGGUCAAAGGUUUGGGGUUGCCGGUUGAGGUUAUUGACUGUUGUUUUUAUAACUGUAUGAUUUAUUGGGGGGAGGACGCGGAUCUAACGCACUGCAAAGUUUGCAAUUAUGAGCGGUGGAAACCUGUGACCCACGGAAAAUCCACAAAAAGAAAGGCUAACGUGCCAUAUAGUAAAAUGUUCUAUUUUCCAAUAACUCCGAGGCUACAGAGGUUGUACGCUUCGAAAGCCACUGCUCGGCAUAUGACGUGGCACGCAGACCACGAGAUGGAUGGUGAUAAGAUGUUCCACCCGUCCGACUCUCCGGCUUGGAAACGUUUUAGUGAACUGCAUUCUGAGUUUGCCGAUGAAGGGAGAAAUAUCAGAUUAGGCUUAUGCUCCGAUGGGUUUCAGCCAUUUACCAAUUUUGGGCAGCAGUAUUCCUCGUGGCCGGUCAUUUUGACGCCGUACAAUCUCCCCCCAGGCAUGUGCAUGAAGGAUGAGUUUAUGUUUUUAACGGUUUUGGUACCGGGGCCUAGAAACCCAAAACACCUAAUGGAUAUCUUCCUACAGCCGCUGAUUGCAGAGUUGAACCAACUGUGGGAAUGUGGAGUCCAGACAUAUGACGUUCAUAAGCGUCAGAAUUUUCAACUAAAAGCGGCUCUUAUGUGGACAAUAAAUGACUUUCCCGCUUAUUCUAUGUUGUCUGGUUGGAGCACUGCUGGUAGAAAAGCAUGCCCGUACUGCAUGGAAAACACCGAUGCAUUCACACUGGAUAAAAGCGGUAAACAAUCGUGGUUUGAUUGCCAUCGCAGGUUUUUGCCUCCGAAUCACCAAUUCCGUCGAAAUGUUACUGAUUUCCGUAAGGGGAAACGAGAGGUCGGGAAAAGGUUUGCAGGGGUGAGAACUGGAGAUGAACUGUUAGCAGAGAUUGAUCGACUGGGGUUUAAGAAGGCAUUUGAGCCUGGUGCGAAAGUUACUAAUGCAUUACUGUCAAAAGAUCAUGGGUGGAAUAAAAAAAGUAUCUUUUGGGAUUUGCCUUAUUGGAGAACGAAUGUAAUACGUCACAAUCUCGAUGUCAUGCACAUUGAGAAAAAUGUCUUCGAUAACAUUUUUAAUACCGUUCUCAAUGUCCCCGGGAAAACAAAAGACCAUGAAAAAUCUCGUGAAGAGUUGAACGACAUCUGUGAUCGGCCAGGGUUAGCUAAAGAUCCGGCAACUGGGAGAUUUCCAAAGGCAAUGUAUGCUUUGGAUAGGGAUUCAAAACGAGUUUUGCUUGAGUGGAUUCAGAAAAUAAAGUUUCCAGACGGGUACGCGUCAAACUUGUCUAGAUGUGUUGAUCUAAAGGGGCUGAAAAUGCAUGGAAAGUCAUGA